AUGUGGAAUAAGGCACAGACCCUCCUCCAGCCAAGGCCCCCCACCCCAUAUCGUUCUCAUUUGCACAUGAUGUUUCAGCCUCCUCCCCAUGACUGCCAGGAUGGCAAGGAAGAUGGACGUGACAGGACAGACUGCCCCACCCCUUCUGAGGGCGCUGGGAGGGAGGUCAUUGCCGGGAAGCUCUGGGCCACUCCUGCCCAGAUUCCCCGCCCACCUCCACUUGUCUGCUGGCCUGGCGACCGGGUCUGGCUGACCUCUCUGUUUCUCAGAGAAGGAACUGCUGUUCCUGGACAAGCCGGCAACCUCUGGGAGCACCUACCUGGUAAGGACCUUUUGGAAUGGCUGCACCAAGGGAGGCUGGCUGCUCCAGCCCCCUUUCCCACCAGAUGUGGGGCCUUGCCAACUCACCCACUUCACUUGCGUGCCCUGCAAGGGGCUUGGCUGAAGCACGCUGCUGCCCUGUCUGCAAGGUUUGCAUUUUAAGGCAAAGGGAGUAAAGCCA